AUGACUCAAAUCCAUGUUCAUGGGAGAGGAGUCACUUGCAGCAACAACAAUCGAUCCAUCAUCCGUCUCUCUUUUCCCUCUUCGAAACUCUAUAAUUCUGAUUUUCUAGCUGAUUUGUGCCAAAUUGAUACUUUAGAUCAGAACAGAUUGUCUGGUCCUUUGCCUAAUUUUAGUGGUUUUGGUGGGUUACAGUACUUGGACUUGUCCUAUAAUUCAUUAGCUGGAAGUAUUGAUUCUCAAUUAAAUAGUGGAGGAAUUCCUGAGAGUCUUUCAAGUAUUAAGACACUCUCUCGGUUUGCUGCUUAUCAGAAUAGCUUUUCUGGCAUAAUUUCUUCUGGGAUUUCAAGAUAUCUGGGGAUUUUGGACCUUAGUUACAACAAGUUAAGCGGUUUAAUCCCAUCAGACUUUCUGUCAUCGUCAACAUUGCAGUAUGUUGAUCUGUCUUAUAAUUCAUUGGAAGGGCCGAUUCCCUCGAACUUUUCGCCUAGCUUCAUUCGGUUGAUCCUUGGGGGCAAUUCUCUUAAUAGUACCAUCACUUCUCUGGGUUAUGGAAUUCUUUCAAAAUUGAUUUAUCUUGACCUCAAUAAAAAUAGUUUCACUGGGUUUGUUCCUCCACAACUGGGAAACUUUCAGAGUUUAGCUCUGUUGAAUCUUGCUCAGAAUGAGUUCUAUGGUCCAUUGCCAGAAGAAUUAGGAAAUCUUCAUCAACUUCAGGUUGUGCAGCUCCAAUCCAACAGGCUUACAGGAGAGAUUCCUCCACAAUUUUCACAACUACAGAAGUUGUCUAUUCUGAAUAUCAGCAGGAAUUCAUUGACUGGUUCGAUACCUUCUGAAAUUUCCAGCUUAGGGAACCUCAUAAGGCUGGACUUACGUGAUAACAGUUUUGGUGGUUCAAUACCCAAUUCAAUUGGGUACUUGAAGUCACUGAUAGAACUCCAGCUGGGAAACAACAAUUUGAGUGGGAAGAUUCCUAGCAUGCCUAGUAACUUGCAGAUUGCUCUCAACCUCAGCAGGAACCACUUGAAUUUCCAUAUAAAUUGCACUCUGACGUUGUGA